AUGUUCAUCCUCUCAGCUAUGACAUGCUUCUAUGGUAGUCGGAGUACUUUUCGAGUGGGAGAUCAGCCGCUAGUCGGUGACCUUGCUAAGGUCUUGGCCAGCGCCGACUGGUGCCCGGUGACUACGAUUAUCGCUUUUCAAGUUCCAACCGGCUCUGAGCACAGCUGUAGUACUCUAACGUCCGUCCCUGCCGUGAAGCGUACCUCAGGGUCGCUCCUGCUACAAAUGUCAACAAUGGCUACGACCACCGACUCGGAGAUUCUCUUAAGCGACUGCAUCAUGGACCGCGUUCACAGCUACAUUCGCUUCGAUACCUGCAUGUGCCAUUGGGUAGUAGGAGCCUCACCAGAGGAAAUGGGGUUCUGGAAAGGCUGGGCGCUCUGGCAGAAGCUGAGCAUUGCUCUUGCAUUCCUCCUUCUCCUCGUCCUCGUCUAUUCAUUCAGCGUUCUCACCUACAAUAGGCGAAAGAUCCGAAAGCAGGCUGCUGAAGAAGCAAAUCAGCGAGCAGAAGACGCUGAGAUGGGCGAGGCAGGGUCUGAGUCAAAUGAGAUACCAUUUGGCGCCAAAGCACUGGAGAAAGGAAUCGAAGUGGAGGGUAUCUGGACGAUGAAGCGACAUUCCCUUGUUAAACCAGCGAGCAUAUCGGAGAAAAGGAAGUCUUCGAUACUGGGUUCGCUACUCCGGCAUAAAUCAACGGCAAGCAGUGUCCAGACGCCUCACAUCAGUGAGCCUGAAUCGAUCAACUCGUCCGAUCCUCAACGCAAAUCUGGAAGCGUAGAAAGUCAGGCUGAGAGUGUACUUGAGAGCAUUCACAUUGACACUUUCCGAUCUAGCCGGCCCCCAAAGCUCGACAUUGGCGGCCGCUACGGACAAAGAUCUUCCGAAAAUGAAAGGCCGCUUAGUCGAUGGUGGUUUACCUCACGCAGCUCAUGGAUGAAACCCGUUGUGGGUUAUAAGCGGUCUUCAGUGCGCGACGGACGCCGUCGAGGUUCGUCCGAGGAUUUCAGACGCAGAUUCAGCAAGCUCUUUGACGACACUAUCGCGCCAGUGCCACAUCAACCUGAGAUGUUCCAACUUACACCAAUAUAUCAAGCGUCAUCCGAGAGCAGCAUUGGCCAGAGAUCGGCAGAUAGAAUCAUUACCCCGGUUGCCGCGAACUAA